AUGGGCUCCGAGAGCCCCGAUCUUCCGGGGAACGUCAGCCCUUCAAAAGACGCAAGACAACGCCUGCGCUUCCCCCUGCCCACCUCCGGCAGCCACCCGACCCGGCGGAGGAUGGAGGCUGGCAGGUCAGAGCUGAGGCGCUGCAAGCCCUCGCCGCGGGCCGGGAUCCCGCCGUCCUUCUUCGCCCACCCGGGGCAGGCGGCCGAGACGGCGGAACCCCCCGGGCUGGACCCCGCGGAGGCGGACGUGGAGUCCCUGGUGCCCACGCACGACGAGCGGGGCUGCCUCAUCCCGGAGUGGAAGCGACAGGUGAUGGUACGGCGGCUGCGGGCCCGGCUGACGGACGAGGACGCGGCGGGCAGCCAGGUAGGGGGCGGGCCGGGCGACGCGGGCUCCUGGCGCUUCUCGCCCGCUCUCCAGGCCGUGCUGGGGCCCUUCGGGGAGCUGCUGACCGAGGCGGACCUGCAGCAGCUGGAGAGAGCGGUGGAAAGCCUGCAGCUGCGGCGGCGAGGCGAGGCCUACCUGAGCGAGCUGCGGCGGCUGGCGCGGGAGCUCCGCGCACUGCUGCCCGCUCCGCUGCUCAGCGUCUCCGUGCGCAGCCCCCUGCCCGGCCCCGGGCAGCCGCUGCCCCUCUGGUGCGGCCGCCUGGCCGGCGCCGUCAACAGCCUGAGCGCGCUGCUGGCCCAUGCCGAGGGGGCGCCGGCCGCACCCCCCGCCGCUGUCUCCGCCGCCGCCGCCGGGCAGCCCCGGGAGCCGGGGGGCAGCCUGGCACAGAGGGAGAUCCGGCAGUGCGGGGUCUGCGUUCGCAGCCUCCGUGGCGUCUUCGAGCCCGCGUGGGGGGCGGUGCAGGAGAAGGCGGCCGCGGGGGGCGGCGCGGAGGCCGCCAGCGACUCUGGCAUCGGCUGCGAGGAGGCGUUUUCGGACGGCGGUGGCUCCCCAGGACCGGGGCCGAAGUGGGGCAGCCUGAGGAAAGAGCGGAUCGUGACGCUCUUCCUGAACCACUGGAAACGGUCCGCCUACGGUCCCCCCGCGCUGGCUGCCGGGGCCCCCCGUGCGGCAGCGGGGCCGGGGCCGGGGGCAGGGGCGGCGGCGCGGCUGGCGCGGCAGCGAGCGGCCAUCCAACGCCUGCUCUGCGGCUGGCGGGACGCAGCCUCCCGCCGCCUCCCACCGCUGCUGCCCCCAGCCGCCGCCGCCACUGGCCGCGCCCUCCUGUCCCCGGAGCAGUUCGUUGCGGGGCCUGGGGGUGGGCCGGCCGACUACGAGAGCCUGUCGCUGGAGCUUUUCAUGCUGGGCUAUUUCCGCAUCCUGGAGCAGGAGCUGCCCCCCGAGGAGCGUCGCGGCCGCCACCUGCUCUGCUUCGAGGUGUUCGAGCAGCUGGGCCGGCACGGCUGGCGGGCGGUGCGCGCCUUCCACCGUGCUGUCACCGACGAGAUCGCCGCCGGCCUGCGUGGCUGGCGGGACGGCUUCGACGACAUCAAAGCCAGGUAUUUCGGAUCCCCCCGAAGCUGGGCCCGGAGGCCCAGGGAGGCCAAGGGAGAGGAGGAGGAGGAGGAGAUCUGCCGUUACAUCGACCGCAGCUUCGCCUUCUGGAAGGAGAAGGAGGCCGAGAUCUUCAUCCUGGAGGAGUGAUGCCCGCUGGCGGGAAGAGCAGAGGGCUGCGUGGAGCCGCGGGCUGCAAUAAAGGCCUUUUCGGUGCUGUCCGA